AUCAUUUUUUCUCCGCAUGCGACAGACACAUCCUCCUCCUCCAUCACCACACUUCAACCUGAAGAACCCCUCCAAUCCAAUCUACUAAUACCAAUACCAAACCAAAAGACAAAUUAAAAAAGCAAUGUCCACCUCCACCCCCGACUCCCCCCUCUCCGACCUCUGCUCAAUCUGCCACCUCCAACCCCCCAAAUACCGCUGUCCACGAUGCUCAACACGCACAUGCUCGCUACCCUGCACACGGCGACACAAACUCUGGUCCCAAUGUUCAGGGAUCCGCGACCCAGCCGCCUACCUGCGCCGGUCCGAACUAGCAACGGAAUCCGCCUUCGAUCGGGACUUUAAUUUCAUUACGGGGAUUGAGCGCUCCAUUGAGCGGGCGGGACGGGAUGCGGAGAAUAGGGGGAUUGAUGUUGCUUCUUCGGAUGUGAGGGAUUUGGAGGCGGUUGGGUUGGAUGCGGGGGAUGUGGGUGGAGGAAAUGGGAAUAAGGGUGGUGCUGGUGCUGGUGCUGGUGCUGGGGGGAAGAGGAAGAGGGGAGGGGAUACUGGUAGUGCUGGUGGUGGGACGAGGGCUGAGAUGGAGUUUUUGAGACGUGCGGAGGAGAGAGGGGUUAGGGUUGUUAGGGCGCCGAAGGGGAUGAGUAGGAACAAGGGGAAUGGGAGUCGGUGGUUGGGGAGGUAUGUCUAUCUCUCUCUGAGUUCUUUGUUGGCUUGGGGGAUGGGGGAUCGUGCUAACUACGUGGUAUCUAGGAAUCAGUGUUUGGUUUGGACGGUCGAGUGGAUUCUGAGUGAUGGGGAGAAGAGGAUGAGGAAUUGUUCCGAGAUGGCUCCUGUUGCGGAUUCUUACGAUCGCGUGGUUCCUGUUCCUAAGGAGGAAGGAAGUGAUGAGCAGGAUCAGAAGCAGACUGGGGAUGAGAAGCCAGCGGAGACGCCAGAGUCGAAGACGGAGCAACAACCGCAGGAUGCCACAACUACAGCCACCGAGCCAGCCUCGGCUACAGAACCUACACAGCCGACAGACACACCAACCGCUCAACCGGAAGCUUCAGAGGCGACACCUACAUCAGACGUGCUGCCACUCACCCCCCACCGCGAUUUCUACUUCUACCUUCAUCGUCCGCGGACAGCUACGAAACAGCCAGUGUUGGCCCCACUGCCCCCGAAGAUCACCAUUGCUGCCGCUCUGCGUGGUCACACAGUCUUGGAGUUCCCGACCAUCUACGUGCUGCCGGACUCACCUGAUACUAUACGGGCCCAGGAAGAUUCCAAGUACAUUCUAGAGGAAGAGUACCUCCGCACGCAUCAGUCGCCGGAGGAGAGCAGCGAGGAUACGGGGGAUGCAGACGACACAUUGCCUCCGGGUGCCAUUGACCUUCAAGGCGUCGACGAAUCCAAGGUUCUGGAAGUCCUCCAGAAGGAUCUGUUCGAGCCUUCGGCAGCAGCGUAG